GCCUGGGUCACGUGCUGGGGGUAGCGGGAAGGCGACGUUCUUCUUUCCUGGGUUCCCGUCCGCCAUGUUUUCAGGCCGGGGCAGCCUGGGUCUCUCCUCGUGAGGAAAUGGCCGGGGGGUUUCGGGGACCCCAGGCACCGGUGCCUCGGCGGAGCCCGGGCUGACGAGGCAGGGCGGCGGGUGACCCGCAGCAGUUGUGCGCGGGGUGGGGAGGCCAUGGCGUCCGGCAGUAACUGGUUGUCCGGGGUGAAUGUCGUGCUGGUGAUGGCCUACGGGAGCCUGGUGUUUGUCCUGCUCUUUAUUUUUGUGAAGAGGCAGAUCAUGCGCUUUGCCAUGAAGUCCCGAAGGGGACCUCAUGUCCCUGUGGGACACAAUGCCCCCAAGGACUUAAAAGAGGAGAUUGAUAUCCGGCUAUCCAGGGUUCAAGAUAUCAAGUAUGAACCUCAGCUCCUUGCAGAUGGUGAUGCAAGACUGCUACAGCUAGAAACCCAGGGAAAUCAGAAUUGCUACAACUAUCUGUACAGGAUGAAAGCUCUGGAUGCCAUCCGUGCCUCUGAGAUACCAUUUCAUGCUGAAGGCAGGCAUCCCCGUUCCUUAAUGGGCAAGAAUUUCCGCUCUUACCUGCUAGAUCUUCGGAACACUAGUACUCCUUUUAAGGGUGUGCGCAAGGCCCUCAUUGAUACCUUGCUGGAUGGCUAUGAGACAGCCCGCUAUGGGACGGGGGUCUUUGGCCAGAGUGAGUACCUGCGCUACCAGGAGGCCCUGAGUGAGCUGGCCACUGUGGUCAAAGCACGAAGUGGGAGCUCUCAGAGACAGCACCAGUCGGCAGCCAAAGACCUAACCCAGUCUCCUGAAGUCUCACCAACAACCAUCCAGGUGACAUACCUCCCCUCCAGUCAGAAGAGUAAACGUGCCAAACACUUCCUUGAACUGAAGAGCUUUAAGGACAACUAUAACACACUGGAAAGUACUCUGUGACGAGCUGAUGGAAGCUGCCAUGCUGCUGGUGGGGCCAGCGGCCUCAGGUCAUCGGUUGAUGGGUCCAGGUCAGCUGAAAUGCCACGGUGUCCAGAGCUCUUAGGGUUCGUCCCUAGGAAUCACUCUCCAGCUUGCUCUUAGAGCCCAUUUCGGAGAAUCAGGACUUUAUUUUCCCUUGGGAACACUUUUUUUGGAGUUGAAUUCAGAUGUUUUUCUUAAUGUUUCCAUCAGUGCUUCCUUAAAAAUCCUCACUUGGUUUUGAUUGUA